CCAAUAUGUGUUUAUUUCUGUGUAUAGUAAACACUUUUCAAGUUUGAUUUGAUUUUAUGAAGUGUUUAAUUAGAUAAAUAAGUUUAGGGGUUAUGUUUAGGGUGUGGACGACUUAUAUUUCAGUCGUCUGUUGAAUAAUUUACACGGACGACGUAUAUUUCAGUCGUCCACAUCGUACCGAACCUUUAAUUUUACCAAUGUACGUUUUAACCUAACCGGAUCAUUUACCGGACAUAUAAAAGCUAUUUUUUUCACUAUUUCACAAUUUUACGAAACCCUAGCGCCGUUUCUCUCCAACGGCGAUUUCGAAGGCGAUAAGACGAAAACCCUACCGUGGUCGUGUUCCGCCGUUAUCUUCGCCGGUAAUCUCUCCGAUUACGACGAAUCUCGUUUCUCCUUCAUGCCGUAGAGUAUUUUCGUAGUUUAAACUGACCGUCCGCUUCUUUUUUUCAGAUCUGAAAUCUCGUUUGCCAAACUCCGCCGCCGGUAUGUUAUUUCUCAUGUAUUAAGGCGUUUAGCCGCCGGAAAAACCCUAAAUAUUUUAGUAUUGAUUCUUCUUUUCCCUUCGAUUUGCAGAUCUGUAACGGCUUGGGGCCACAUCUUCUCCGACCAUAUCUUCUCGGACAAUAUAUUCUCCAACUGUAAGUCAUUCGUCUUUUGUUUAAAAGAUUUUGAGAUUGUUGUAGUCUUUUGCUGAAAGAUUACCCAGACGACUUCCAGGAAGUGAGAAGACUACUCAGACGACUUCCAGGAAGUCGUCUGAGUAGUCUUCUCACUUCCUGGAAGUCGUCUGGAAGUCUUCUAUAGCAUUUAGCAUAGUGCGCAACCUAUGUGUUUGAGAUGGUUGUUUGAGAUGGUUGUUUGUGAUUAUUUGCAGGCCUUUAAAUGGAUUUACCAGAAUUCCCGCCGAGGAUGUUUACAUUAGGAGAAGAGCCUGAUGCAAUCAGGAGCAUUUCGUAUCAUUCUGAUGACACGAAGUUGUUUAAAGCUCUAUGUGAUUGUCUCACAGCUGACGAAUAUGAGGAUCUGAAGGCGUCGAAGUUAGGAGUGUUCAUCAAAUUCAAGGAGCUUGACUUUGGUUGGACUUCAAGGCUGGUACAUUUUAUGCUCUCUUUCCAGCUAGACAUCAAGAAGAAGUUUGAGCUCUGGAGUCUUGUCGUUUCACAACCUGUGAGGUUUUCACUGAUAGAGUUUGAAUACCUCACUGGGCUGAACUGCGAUUACAUCAAGGACCUGGAAAAUCCAAGGUGUGAGGUUACGACGGAGAUGGCUGCUUUCUGGGAGAAGAUGGGUGUUGAUAUCGAUACUGGGCCAAGUAUUGAUCAGAUAACAGAAGCAUUUUACAACUGCGACGAGUGGUCUCGGGAUGAUCGCAUGCGGCUGGGAUACCUUGCCAUCUACGCAGGGUACAUCGAAGGGAAAAAGUUCUCAUCCGCUACAUCAGCUAGUCUUGCAAGGCUAGUGAUGGAUUUAGAAAAAUUUGAGAAUUAUCCAUGGGGGAGAGUGGCGUUUAAGGUGCUGAUGGAUUCUCUGAAGGCAAAAGACUUAACGCAAACUGGUUACACUGUUGAUGGGUUCAUACAAGUGCUCCAAGUGUGGGCGUACUAUGCUCUGCCAGAAUUGGGUGCUAAUUAUGGGUCUCCCGUACCAAACAGACUGUCUUCACUGUUGCUGGCUUACAAGGGUGGCAAAAGACAACGCAAAUUUUUUAAGGCUGCUAUCAAUAAACAAGUACUUAACUUCACUCCUAAGACUUCUCAGACGACUAUCGUGAAGAACUUCGUUCAGAAGGAUUUUGAUGAAAUGUUUCCAAAAUGGGACGGAGACGUAGAUGACCCUGCCGCGGAUAACAUAAUUAAAGUCAUGUUUAAUGAUCCUGGAUGGGAGUGGACCAUGGAAUGCUGGCCAGUCACCGGUACUCGCAAGGUUGUGAAGAUGGAAGUGAUUCCAGUGAAGAAUGAAGUGAGUCCCGUGAAGUCAGAGAGUGUUGUGAAGGAAGAAAGUAGCAGACCUCGGAAGAAAGCUCGUAAAGGGUCUUCUGUUUCUGCUGAGAAACCUGCGGCGGGUAGUGAAGGUCAGCAGAUUGAAAAGACCUUGAAGGACAUAUCUGAUGCCAUUAAUCUUGGCUUUGGGACGUGUCUUAAGGAGCUCAAGUUACUGGCGGAUAGGAUUGAAGCUGUGGAGAAGAAGGUGGGAAUCACCAACAGAGGGGGUUCUCUGAUGAUCGUCAACUUACAACCACUUCAAAUCCACCAAAACCUGUUGACGAACCCGGGGUUAGUACCAAAACCUCUCCCAAAAUUGCAGAGAAGAGAGUCACUAGGCAAUGUGUUAGGAAGAGUCAGGACUGAUGUGAUUUGGCUUUUGUUAAUAGUUUUUAAACACACUGUGAACUCGAAAUUGCAGAGUAAAAGUGUGAAUGGGGCGAAAGCAGGACAGAAGGAAGCCAAAGAACCGAGUCUUACUACAGAACCGAGUUCCUCGAGAGAGCUCUGUCUUGUGAGUCCUGCAGACGACUUACCGAGUGAAGAUCCUAGCCUUCUUAUAUUGGACAAACAAGUUUCGACCGCUUCAGAUUUACUCGUUGAAGAAGCUAGAAGGCAGACAAAGAAGGAGACUGCUUUGGUGAAUCUCCGUAAAAAAAGUGUGCGAGAAAGGAAGCUUGCUCCCACACAGCAAACUCCUUUUAAGGGAAACAGCACUGCCAAACAGAUCAUUCCAAACAAACAGGUUGGCGGAGGCUAUGAUCCUUUUGCACCCAUUGACAAGAUGAAGUCGAAGGAGCUCACUGCAUGGGUGCAAAAAGAUCCUUCUUAUAAACUGCCUCUGAAAAAAAAACCACGUAGAUGUCGAAGUCGAUUCUAUCAGGUCCUCCGAACCCCCUUAGAAUGGCUAACCGACCAUCAAAUGGAUGCUUUUAUUAAUAUACUGAGGCAACGGUACCAAAACCAUCCAGAACAUUUCAGGAGCGACAGAAUGUGCUUUCUUGAUCAUGUCUUUUCUCGGCAGUGGAGGGCCUCCUACCCUGAUUUUAAGAGCGACGCUCCUGAUGCCAACGGUUUAGGAAGAAGACUCCCUGGUGGGGCGUGGAAUUAUCAUGCAGGCUUGAUACCUUCUUUUUGCCAAUCUAAGAAGGUUUGGGGGGUGGAUGUGGAUGAUAUCUAUGCACCUGUGAACUUCAAGAACCAGCAUUGGAUUGCUAUAUGGAUAUCGAUCCCUAAGAGGCACAUCGUCGUCUGGGACAGCAUUGUCUCUCAUAUUAGCCCUGCAGAACUCGAUGAGGUAAUGGAGCCUUUUGUCACAAUGGUCCCUUAUCUGCUUGUUGAGUGCGCGCUCUCUGACGAACAAAAGGUUCAAUACACAUUGGAGCCAUACACAUAUGCGAGACAAACCGUUGGAGUACCUCAGUGCCGAGCUGGUGAUUGUGGCCCCUUCACUCUGAAGUACAUCGAAUGUCAUGCUCUUGGGAUAGAAUUUCCCACCGCGUUUGACAAAAAACACGGGAAGACCAUCAGGGAGAAGAUGGCGCUGGAUAUAUUUCGAGAGCUUCCUAAGUGCCAUGAAUGGGAAAACCAAGACAAUGAUGAGAACCUGGCAACGUAUGAUUAGAUAUUGGAUGUGUUAUUGCGAUUGUAUUUGAACUUGAUGCUUUUGUGUACUGUUGUUAGGUAGAUUAGGGGAUGUUAACAGGGUCAGGAUAGGAUGAUGUUUUUUGUAACCUAUCCUCACACCAAACUAGAAUUCCGUAGGAAAUUAGUUUGGUAGUGCAGUAACCUUUCGGAAUAUGUAAUGUUUAACUUGUAUUUUUUAAAUUGCACUGUUGGAAUUAGUUUCGGAAUAUGUAAUGCUUAACAUAGAAGGUCUACAAAGAAAAGUUCAUAAAACAUAUAAAUUCAUAACAUAGAGUCUACAGAGAAGUUCAUAAAACAUAGAAAAUCAUUGGACGACUUACUUAAAGGUCUUCUGGACGACUACAGAGAAGUUCAUAAAACAUAGAAAAUCAUUGGACGACUUACUUAAAGGUCUUCUGGACGACUACAGAGAAGUUCAUAAAACAUAGAAAAUCAUUGGACGACU